ACGUUCCGUUAAAUGUUUUCUACUACUACAUUCUCAGUUCUAAAAUCGGAAUAGUUCUCGGAUUAUUCACGGGUGAAGCGGAUCAAUGGAUGCAUGUUAAGAUUUUCCUCUGCUGCAUGUUCGAUAUAUUUUGCGAAUCAAUUUUGUUUCAAGGCGGAUAAUGCGCGGGCUUUACGUUGGUCGCCAAUAAACACGUUACAGAAAUAUUUCUCGUGACACGAGGUAGUCAGUCGUAUUCACAUGCAAUGGACUCGAUCCAAGUGCGACGAUGACACGUGCGGUCGUAGAUAUUGAGUCGACCGUCAUCGUAUGACCUUCGAUAAUUUCGUAACAAUCUGGUUUUCUUCCGUAACAGUGCAUAAAACUGAUAAACGCGAUCUGGUAUCAGAGGGACUUGUAAUAGCUGGCCUCGGUGAUCUGCAGAGGCCAGCAAAUCAACUUUCUGUCAGCCAAUCAUCUGCCUUGGCCGUGACUGGAAUAAUCUGGACCAAGUACUCUUUAGCAAUCACCCCAAAAAACUGGAGUCUUUUUAGUGUAAACCUUUUCGUCGCGAUAACAUCUCUAUAUCAAAUUUCUAGGGCAAUAAAUUAUAAACGUCAACAAGGAGGUUUAGCAAAAGCUACAACGACAGAAGGAAAAUAGUGACUAAAUUGAAAUAAUACACAUUCCUAGAGAAAAAAUAAUAUUUAAUGUAGAUAAUUAUCAUAUUAGGAACAAUGACUUGCGAAAUACAUCCAUGUGAUACGUAAUAUUGGACAAAAGAGAACUCACACUGAGUGAAAAUACGUAAGUCAAAAUUUAACAAGGACUUUCAUUAAUUUUGGAAGUACCACAUAGCAAAGUUAUGAAUCUUUCAACUGAAUGAAUACAGUGCGUAUUUAUGUAUGAAAUACAACACUGUAUGUAAUCAUGGGAAUUUAGAAGCAUUGAAACACCAAAAGAAAGCAAUCAUGGCAUAAGAAAUGUAAGCAAUGUAAAUCAGGAAUAGAAAGUAUAGACAUCAAUAUUAAAAUUCAAGACUCCAAAAACAGGUCAUUCACAUUUAGAAGCAUUCAAACACCAAUAAUAAAGUUCUACUGAUAUCUAAAAAGCUUUAAAAUAUUAAUAAUGAAAGAAUAGUUUGCAUUAGAAUGAAACACGAUUAUGAAGAAAAUUUGAUAUUACAAAAUACAGGAUAAUAAUAUUCUGAUAUCAGAAUCUCUAAAAAUCACAAAAUGUUCAUGUCAAUCUGUGAUAUCGAACCUAAGGUGCUGCUCAUAUCUAUUCCACUAGCAAUUUGUAAAUUCUAAAUUUUUAGAUUAAGUAUACAUACCAACUGAAAUCUAAAGCAUAAUUCCAAAAUUCAGUACAACACAUAAUAGCAGAUAUUAUAAACUGAAACACCAAUAACAGUACACCAGUUUGUAAGAUUCAUGUGAAUUCAUAAAUCCAUUAGGUAUGUUUGUUUAUGUACAAAUCUACCUCUGAAUAAUGAUAUAGAAUGUCUAUUAUAACGAUUCGCAACAUUGACGCUGAAUGAUUCGAAGAAGUAGGAAAUGUACAAAGUGUAUACUGAGUUCGAUAAUGUUAUUACUGCCUUGUAUAGAUUUAAUAAAAUGAUAUAUU